AUGACUCAACUAAUCUCUGACAGCCAUUCAGCUACCGAGCAGGUGAAACUGCUUAGAAAAGCGACUAAUCGUCAGAUCAUUCGUAAGAUCCACGAUGAUACCGUCACGCUUCGGUCGACUCGCGCUAGCCAGAUAUCACGGACGUCGAGUACUGUUCCCAGCAGCAGACCAUCAGUGCAAGACCAAAUGUUUGAUUUUGAACCGACUUUAGCAGCAUCAAUGGUCUACCGCCGACCUAAGCAGCCCCAGCAUGUUCGGGCUAUCUCAACGCCAGAGAGCCACUCGACUACGGGCGGCCACAGUCCAUUUACCGACCAGGGCUAUGAUAGCAGUCGGACGGGGACACUUGAAAUGAAUUCACCAUCAGCUUCUUGGGAAAAGGUCUCUGCGCAACAACAGGGUUAUGCCACCUUGCCAAGUACUCCGUCCGGGCUGGUACAUCCAUGGCAGCAGACGAGGAGUGCAUCGUUUAAGCAAGCCUCCGCUCGACCUACCCCGAAUUCAAUGAGACGAUCAGAGUCGGACUCUAAAGCCUCCCGUGGGACCAUGAGAUCCUUAGGGUCGCGAAACAAUGGAAGGUUAUCAUCGUUGAUUGAGCGCGUGAAUCCGCGUAGCCGUCAGAAUCUCUUCUCGCUGUCAACAAGAAGCUCAGCAAAUCUUUCUAUGAAUCCAACUUUGAGCCGACGAAGGCGCCCCCGAGAACCGAACUUCAAUACUAGCAUCGACCUCACCGCGGCGGAUAGCGCGUCUAUACCGCCGAUUAUCAAAGCAGCUCAAGCUGGUUCGCGUGAUGAAGUGGAACGACUAAUCGACCGCGGCUGCGACAUCGAGGCUCGUCACUGGCAAUCCAGGCGCAAUGCUCUUCUAGUUGCUUCGCACUGUGGGAAAGAAGAGAUAGUUGAUCUACUGGUCCAGCACAACGCUCGACUCGACGUGACAGACGGCUCUAACUGGACGGCACUCCAUUUAGCAGCCUCACGUGGACAUUGCGGCGUGCUUGAAGUAAUCCUGGCUGAUAGUGAUAUUCUUGAGGCCACAAACAUCAAAAACCAGACUGGACUUUGGGUUGCUGCGGAUCGUGGGCAGUUGAACGCCCUCCAAAUGUUGAUAAACUGGGGUGCCGAGAUCAAUGCCCGCGCAGAGAAUCAUAUGACUGCUCUGCAUGCGGCGGCGAAACGUGGCGACGACGAGGUGGUGCAGAUUCUCCUCUCGCAUGGAGCGGAUAUGGAAGCUAUGGAUGGCUCAAUGAUGACGGCAUUGCAUUAUACAUGCCUGGGCGGGCACCUAGAAGCAAUGGAGAUUGUCUUACAUCACCGAGCCAAUAUGGAAGCACCAGGUCGAAAUCGCAAGACUCCUCUGAUCUGCGCGGCCGAGGCUGGCCGUCUUAGGGCUGUCGAACGUCUUCUCCAAAAAAAGGCUUCCCUCGACAGCAUCGAUGAUACUGGCAUGACGGCUCUCCACUGGGCUGCGUACAAUGGACACGAGCAAAUUAUCAGACUUUUGAGUGACAGGAGGAAGUCCUUGGGAACUGUGAAUAGUAUGGGACGAACAGCUCUACAUUUGGCAGUUAUGCAGUCUCAAUUCGCGGUGGUAGAGUUACUCCUACGCCGCGGUGUUACACCCGGCCAACAAUGUAGGACUGGUCUCACGGCUCUGCAUUAUGCUUGUCUAGCAGAUAAUCCUGAGAUCGCGAAUCUGCUGCUUGUGACUGGUUCCAACAUCGAGGCCGAGGAUCAGUUCCAGCAAAGACCAAUACACCUCGCCGCCGCACGAGGCUCGGUGCGUCUUCUCGAUCUCCUAUGUGACAAGGGCGCAUCACUUGAUGCCCGGGACGGCGUCGGAGACCGACCCCUUGGCGUUGCAUGUCGGUAUGGACAAGUCGCUGCUGUACAGAGACUGCUCGAUCGAGGAUCUCCGCUAUGCGUGAAGGUUGGAACCAGCUUCCGAGAAGACUCGCCGCUUAGUCUGGCUGCCAUGGGCGGUCACUUGCAUGUAGUGUCGCUGCUGCUUGACCGGGGAGCGUCGACUAUCCGGAAAGACAAGGAUGGAUGGCAGCCAUUUCGAUACGCAGCGUAUCACGGCCACCCAGAAGUUCUACGGCUGCUUCUCUCGUGCAGCCACAUUCCGGAUCUUGAUAUUCCCGAUCUGCUUCUCAUGCCAGAGGCAAUCGGGUUCUCCGCACAGUCUGAGAUCACCGAUGAGAGAAAGCGGCAAGUUGACCAGUUGCUUAGACAAGCCUUGGAAAAUCCCGACGCUCUCAAGAAUGCUGUUCCCAGCUACCUUCGUGGCGGGGAUCAACGGGGUUCUUAUGAGAGAAAGUUCCCUCCUCCAGCUCAGAUGUCUCGUGGAAUCCCUCAUUCUGGAGAUCCUCAAGAACUUCCCGGUAAUUUGGAACAGGGGCUACCCAGUAGUCGGUCUGCGACACCAGAUGGCAUGCGUCGAUAUGCUCAAGAAUUCACCCUGCCGCCGGGUACUGGUGUUCGUGAUCUGAGGCAGCCGGAUCAGCCCGAUCUGCCGGCCCAUCUAGUGGCACUGCUGCGAGAAUCUCAAGACAGAUCAUCCCUGCCACAACUUGAACAACAAAUAGCAGAAGAACCUCAGCAGCAUGAAUAUAAUAUUCCUGGGACAUCGGCAACAUUUAUUCCUCGGCCUAUACCAGUACGAUGGCCGUCACCAUCCACCCAGGCUCCUUCUGAUGGGUAUAGGGCGGGCAUUUCUAUUCCUAUUGUUCCUUCCCCCGUCUCAGUGUUGGAGCAACAGGGUGAUGCAGCAUACAUUCCCCGAACGAUACCUUCCACGCAGGAGUUAAUUCUUCCCAGAUCUCAAUCUGGGUCAGUGCCUUCUAAAAAAGCCAGCCAUGACAAAGACCCUGAUUCUGGAUCUGACUCGGAGUCUAUUUCUUCCGUUUAUACUGCAUCCGAGGGCCGGGCUGAGCCAGACACAGAUGUGAAUGUGGGUACGGGUAGUCAUGGAGUUCGCGAAGGUGUCCAUGAGCUGGCUAUCCCCACCUUGUAA